CGCUCUGCUCACUGGAGCCUUUGGAUCAGAGCGGGAAUGUCAACUGCACGUUGCUCCCUGUGAAGAGAAACAUCUCGGUGUGAUAGCCCAACAGCAAGGGAGCUCACCACUCCCGUUACAGGCUCGCGAAGAGAUCGAAGCAGCGGCAUCUGCCGUUGUAAAAUGAGCGGACCCCGGCGGCCAUGUCGCGGGGCGGCGGGAAGGGGCCGAGCCUGAAGGACAAGCUGGACGGUAACGAGCUGGACCUGAGCCUGUGCGACCUGAACGAGGUGCCGGUCCGGGAGCUGGCCGCUCUUCCAAAAGCCACUGUAUUGGAUUUGUCCUGUAACAACCUCAUUUCCUUGCCGUCAGACUUCUGUAGUUUGAUGCAUCUGGUGAAACUGGAUUUGAGUAAAAAUCGGCUUCAGCAGCUGCCCUUGGACUUUGGACGCCUGGUCAAUCUGCAGCACCUGGACCUUCUGAACAACCGUUUAGUCACCCUGCCAGUCAGCUUUGCACAGCUCAAGAACCUGAAGUGGCUGGAUCUGAAGGACAAUCCCUUGGAUCCUGUCCUAGCUAAAGUAGCAGGAGACUGUCUGGAUGAGAAGCAGUGCAAACAGGCCGCUGUCAAGGUACUGCAGCACAUGAAGGUGAUCCAGGCUGAGCAGGAUCGACAACGGCAGCGGAAGCUCCAAGCAGAGCGAGAAAUGGAGAAGAAGCGUGAAGCAGAACAGCGAGCAAAGGAGGCUCAAGAGAGGGAACUGAGGAAGCGAGAGAAGGCAGAAGAAAAGGAACGCAGGAGACGAGAGUACGAUGCUCAGAAAGCUGCAAAGCAGGAGACAGAAAAGAAACCUAAAAAAGAACAUGUGCAGACCCGAAAGCCCGCCUCCAGUUCUCGUCCCCCUCAGCCAGCCCGGCACAAGCGCUCCUGGUCGCGGUCCGUGCUGAGGGUCCUGUUCUUUGUGCUGUUUUGUGUCCUCUGUACUUUGGCCGCCUGCAAGCUGACAGAGCUGCAACAUCAACCGCUGUGCGUCAGCGUGAACACUCUCUACGAGGAUGUGUUAGCCGCUCUGCAAAACCACAAAACCCUGCAAAAUAUGCUACACCAGAACUCGCAGCAGUGAUUGUCCUGGACGGGCACUUGCUUCAUCAGCAUCUCCCUCCACCAUCUACGCAGCCAGAAUUCCUAUGGAAUUGUGUUCUGAUGAAACUGCUUUUAAUCAGUCAGCAUUGGUUUGCUGGUCCACUCCACACAGAGCAGAGUUAUUGUUCAGAUCAUCUUUGCCGUGCAUGUUUCGCAGUUGGCCUGUAACUCCCAUUAUUUGCCCACGUUAACCUAAACCUGUUAACACUUCUUACCUCCGAGGGAUGUUUACCUAGAUUGCGAGAUACAGAAAGCUGCCAAUCUAGAGGAGUAGGAAAGACCCAGCCCUCCUGUUCUCUGGGCAGCUAUAGCUCUGUCCUGGAGGUAGGAGAUUUUUAAUGUGUAUCCAUUCCUUGCUCUCAUUUCUGUUUGUGCUAAAAUUGGUGGGAUGGCUGUAUGGGAAUAAUAUAUUAAGGCCUACUCCAGGACCAAUUACAGGUGUGUAGGAUGGCUGUGUGUCCGUCUGUUGGAGCAAAGAAGCUGAUGUACUAUUGAAAGGAGCUGAAAAUUUUCAAUACAACAGUUUUCGCAGCAA